AUGUCCAGUUUCGACAAGUAUGUGGUGCAGCUGGUGUGCCGCAUGGGUGAUAGCGUGUCGAAGAGGAUGCGGGAGACGAUACUGCUAAACAUCAAGGACAGCAUUGACAACUACCAACGGCUGCGUGACCCAGCUGAGGCGCAGGCACGCAAGGAAGUCGCGGCUGCCAAGAAACGGCGGGCGGCUGCGCGAAAGGCCAAGCAGGAGGAGCGGCGCCGAAGAAUGGAGCGGCAAGCUAAUCUGCCGCCACUCCCGUCCUCGAGGCCGAAUAACGCCACUCAACCCGCCGCGACGGACUCAAAUAAGAAGACCCACACGGAAAAGUCCGCUACCACAAGAGCCAACAUAAACCCCCCUGCUUCCUCGUCUCCAGAGCGUGCUGGUGCCAUGACCGCAGCCACUGCAGCUGCGAAGGCGCCGGCGCGCCCCAAGAUGCACCCGAUGGAGGUGAAAGACAUCGACUUCCUCUUUGUGAAGGAGGUGGCGGCACAGCUGCGCAAUCUGAGAAGGACGCCGGGGAAGAUGACCUCUUUGGCCGGUUCCCAGCAACGAUGUAUGGCCUCGAAUGGGACCGGAGCCACAACGCCUGUGGGUGCCUCAUCAGCUCCUACAUCUGCUGAGGCCGGUGAAAUGGCUGCGAAGGAUAAGAGGUCACGGUCGGGCACCCCCCAGAUGCGCAUGUCGCCGCCCCCACUGGACCACACCGCGAUGAAGGCGUUGAAUCGGGAAAACUCGUCGGUCUGUGGCGAAGAGGAGACUAUGCGGUACCCCCGGAACAACGCGAUCUCCUACCAGGAAACCUUCAAAACAUUCAGGUUUGGACGUCAGGAGAUGGACAACGAGAGUGACUCCAAAGACGAGAGGGACUCACAUGGCGGAGAACAAGGGCAGAGGGAGGUCAAGGAGGACGAGUUCAUCGACGACUGCGAGGAUGCUCGACGCCGAACUAUUCAAAUGCAGCGCCCGAGCCGCGGAGCCAUCUCGGACUCCUCACUAGACAUUGAUGAGGCGCGUAUUGCUAGUUUUCCGACAACGCCCAAGUCACAGGAGAAAAUGAAGACGAUUUCGCGCGUCCUAGUGCGUCACUUUUUGUUUUCUACGCUUGACGACAGUGAUAUUGCGAAGUUUGCGUCCAUCAUGGACGUCGAAAAGUUCGAGGCGGGCGCGCAAAUCUUGGAAAAGGGCCACACGAACGACACCUUCUUCAUUGUGCUUGACGGUGAGGCGGAAACGACGGUUGUGAACGAGGACGGUGCAGAGGUGGUCGUGCCUCUAGUGCGCGGCUCCACAUUUGGCGACCUGGGGCUGAUGUACGAAGUAUCGAACGGUGGGGCCGUCGUGGCGCGCUCCUCGGUGCAGUGCGCCUCCCUGGAACGCCGCACCUACAAGAUGAUCACUUCGCGCGCGAUGGAGGACAGGCGGUGCAGGUACAAGGAUUUCCUGUCGUCACUGCCUGUGUUUGCCGGAGUGUCCUCGCACGAGCUAGAGGCCGUCGCAGAGCGCCUCAAGGAGGACAGCUACUUGGAGGGUCAGAGGGUGAUCACGGCCGGUGUGCCAAAUCACUGGUUGCACAUCAUAACAGAGGGAAGCCUGCGCGUUAUGGCGCCGGACGCAGAGACUGGCGAAAUGAAAGAGGUGGCGCUUCUCCACACCGGCGACUUUGCCGGUGAACUUGAGUUCCUUCACCAUCACGUCGCCGCUGCUGAUGUAGUGGCUGUAAGUGCGGUGGUGAAGACCGCGAAGCUGAGUCGCCGCUCCUUCGAAUUCUUCCCGAUAGAGGCCCGCGAGCGGCUAAUGAGGGCCGUCGAGGAGGAGGAGACGUACGCGGCGUAUCAGGAGCGCAUGCACAGUGGCACACGCCCGCCUCUGGACACAACGCCGCCGUUCGAUGCCCCGCCAUCUCAUUUGCGGCACUCUCUGCAACAGCACGAGAACGCGUAA